CGGCAGAACGAUAGAGAGGGAGAGAGAACAUUGUCACUUGUGGUUGUAGGGUGGGUACUUUGCAAACCCUUUUCCGUGGUUGCCUGAUCGGGCAAUUCGUCAAAAGCACCCUUGCAAGGCAAAGGUGAACAUCAGACCUACUGCAUCCGCUGCGCAGUGGCUCAAACUAGAGACCCCGCCCUUUUUCCAGCAUGCAACGAGUCCAGCCUCGAAAGCGAUCGAAAUCUUGGCUUCCGAAAUGCUGCGGGUCGGCCCAAAAAGGUGACAAUGAGAUUGACAAUCUUGACUGUUCAAAGGAAGUUCACGCACCUGUGGACAGCUCCACAACGCAGAUUGUGGAUGAAUGGGACCAGGAUAUGCUCAAUGUCAGUGAUCCAGCUGCACCUGUAUGGCUUCGAGAUACCAACCAGUGGUCCGAAUCAGAGCAGAAGCAGCCAGAGGUGCCGGGUUACGCAGCGUCGCCUGUGCCGGGAGUUCCUCCAGGAAAUCCGCUAGAUCUGCUUGGAGGAGGCCGCAGCUGCAGUGUGCCUUUGCCAAGAGCUUUCAGGGACGAAGAAACACAGCCAAGUGACCGGAAGCCACGGAAGUACACUGAGGAUUUCGAGUCGUCUACAGGCAUGGAUCUUGUGCGUGCCAAUCUGCAAAGUUGCAUGCUGAAACACACCGAGCUGCCUUUAUCAGAUGUCCUUCAGGCAAAGGUGUCUGCCGUCAGAGCCAUGGUGGAGGCCACAGCAUCCUAUCGCUUUGAGCAUGCAAAGCAGCUGAAACAUUUGCGGGAUGUGCUGACCAAAGAGCAGGCUUCCAUGUGGGUGCGUUUGGCUCGGUCCAAGCAGCUCCGGGAGCAAAUUGCUGCUCGUGUGCAGGAGGCGGUUCAGGCCGAAGACUUCAACAAAGCGGAGGAAGUGUAUCAGCUUCAGCGUUUGGCAGAGGAGUGUAUUCAAGGCUUUCAGCUGGAUCCGAGACAAGGUGGAUCCGUGGAGUUGUCCAACGGAUCUAUUCUCCUAGGACCAGCAUCAGAUCUUGGCCUUCUAGAAGGUGAUUUUACAGUCGAAUUCUGGAUGCGCUGCCAGGACUUGAUGAAAAGGCAGCCCUUGGUCACAAGCUCCUUAUCUCAUCCUGGAUGCUUCCCGUCUGUGUAUGCAAAGCCUGGUGGAGGCCUCGAACUGGUCGGGGAACACACGCAUUCCUCGAGGAUGCCGUUUCAGCAGCCAGCGGCUUCAAUCCGGGAAUUUUGCCGGAACAUGUUCAUUCCAGCUUUAUUCAUUCUUGAACUUAGGAAACGACAAUGGACGCAUGUAGCGAUAACCUGGGCCUUUGAUUCCAGCGAAAAUGAUUUCAAGGUGACGAUCUUCAAGGAUGGAGUGCAGGUGGCCCUUGGCACUGAGAUUUUGGCCAUCAACAAAGACUCAGAGCUCCGGUUAGGACCAUUCUCUGGGAACUUGGCCGAGUUCCGUGUUUGGGACCAUGCCAGGUCUGCCAACGAGAUCGAACUUUCCAGCUUUCGGCACUGUGGUGGUGAAGAGAGUGGCCUUGUUUGCUGCCUCAGUUUGCGUCCCGGCCGUGGCUUGUCAGACUCUGCAUUAGAUCCACAAAAUUCUUUGGCUUCUGGACACUCCUUUUCGGAUCGAGGACACUGUGAAGGUGAGAUCACGUGGGAUGGUGAUUGUCCAAGACUAUUGGAAUCGCACGCCGAAUUGCCCAUGGAGCCAGCUGCUGAGUGCCCACUUUGUGCCAUCCCGUAUGUGGACGGAUCGCAAUAUUGCCGAGAAUGUGGACAGAAACGGCCCUUGAAGCAGGCCAAACCAAGUUUGUUCCAGCUCGAAAGUGAUCCAUGGACGGAUGAAAGCUUGCAGCGGGCAUGGGCGUGGCUAGAUGGUUGGCACGAGACGGAGGCGAGUCACCGCCGCAGUCAAGCAGAAGACAGAGAAGUAGAACGGGAACAACGGCAGGUUCAGGAGCAGCAGAGAAAGGCGUACAUCGAGUGGCAAGAACAGCAGAGGCUCAAAGAGGAGCAAGAAGCAAAAGCCAAGCAAGAAGAGGAGGAGGCUGCAAAGCUGUUGACAGAGAUCGAGGAAAGCAAGCCCCGAGCAUCGUUAGUCUGGAAAAGGCUUGCCAGUUGGACCUGCCCAUUUGCAAGCUUCUAGUGACCUAGUCGCCUUAGCCGUGUUAGCCUAGAUUUUUUCCAUGUCCUUUCAGUGGGAGCCAUACCAGAAGUGCAAGCUGCAUCUGCUAAGCAGAUGUAGCAUGCCAAUGUGUGUCACAGCUCAUAUGCAGGCCGCGCCGCCCGCGGGCUGCUCCAGCUGGUUGAUUCAACGAAAUCCUUGUUGGCUUGCCAUGAUUUCC